AUGUCAAAUUACUUCAAGAGAUGCAUUGAACAACGCAACAUGCAAACCAGUCUUGAGUGUUGUCUGCCAGCUCUUCUCUCACAAAAAGGAACACUUAAAAUUGCAAAUCCACAAAAAAAGACCACUUACUCUUCAGAAUUCAUUAAAUUAACUCAAUUGACUUUUAAUGACGUUGAAGAGUGGACAUUAGAUAUUAUAAAUGUAGUUAAAGAAAGAUGUCGUGAUAUUGAAAAGUUUAUGUUGAUGAGUGGAGUAUCAAAGGGAACGGCUUAUCGACGGUCGAUGGACGCAAAAAGAAGAGAGUUCAUGCAUUUAAUUGAAGACAUUUUAUUUGUUGAAGGCUAUGACAUAACUUAUACUUCGGAAAAUCGCGAAGGAAUCUCUGGAGAUGUAAAGAUCAGA